AUGCGUUGGCUGGUGGUGGUGCUCGCUCUGGUCGCGCUGAGUGAGGCGGCUGGCCCCAGACGGUGUGCAGGGCGACUGGCCCGGGAGCGCCUCAAGGCAGCUGAAAAGAUCCGGGAUAAGAGAUACUAUCUCCUGUGUUGUGCCCCAAAUUGCGGCCUCCAAAGGAGGACUAGACCUCCACCCACUACGAAGCGAUACCAACCUUUCCACAAGACGUGGUACGGCUUGAAACAUGGUACGAUAUUUUCUGUCAAUCAC